GGAUUGGACACGUCAUGAGCCUAUUAAUGUCAUUAGGCACUCGGUCCUAACCAGCCUAUAAAUACUCGAUGCGCAUUAGCAAGCUUAGAGACAAGAUCAGAAAUCAAGAGCUUGCAAUAUGAGAUCAAAUAUGUUGUCACUCCUCUCCGGGUUCCUCCUCGUGAUGACCGUCCAACAAGGUUUGCACACAAUUUCGGUGUGCGCCGAUGAGACCAGCACAGUCUUAGACUCGACCACAGUCUACUGGCAAAAAAUGCUUCCCAACUCCCCCAUGCCACCAGCUAUAGUCGAGCUCCUGGCCUCGUCAUCAUCCGGUAGGAAAAUCCAAAAUCAAAAGUCUCAACUUUCAUUGUGGGGCCUAGUCCGGAAGCUUAUUUCAUUUUAUGGUAAUAACGAAGUUGAGAAGCUUAUUCCAUUCUAUGGCGAAAACAAUGUGGAGCAGAUUAUUCCAUUUUAUCCGGGCACCAAAGAUGAGAAGAACGGUCUAGCAAGGAUUAUUCCAUUUUACCCGGGAACCAAAGAUGAGAAGAAUGGUCUGCCAAAAAUUAUUCCCUUUUAUCCGGGAACCAAAGAUGAGAAGAACGGUAUGCCAAGGAUUAUCCCAUUUUACCCGGGAACCAAAGAUGACAAGAACGGCUUGCCAAAGAUUAUUCCAUUUUAUCCGGGAACCAAAGAUGACAAGAACGGCUUGCCAAAGAUUAUUCCAUUUUACCCGGAAACCAAAGAUGACAAGAACGGCUUGCAAAAGAUUAUCCCAUUUUACCCGGGAACCAAAAAUGAGAAGAACGGCUUGCCAAAGAUUAUCCCAUUUUACCCGGAAACCAAAGAUGAGAAGAACGGCUUGCCAAAGAUUAUCCCAUUUUACCCUGAAACCAAAAAUGAAAAGAACGGCAUGCCAAAGAUUAUUCCGUUCUAUCCAAGAAGCAAAGACGAGACCAACGGUUUGCCAAGAAUUAUUCCAUUUUACCCAGCUGGAACCCAAAAAGAUGAGAUCAACGGUUUGCCAAAAAUUAGCAUGAAAAGAAGGACGUCGAGUGUGCAAGCAGAAGAAGACGAGCACGUCACCGCCACGGAGGCCACAGAGAUCCCCAACCAUCUCAACCAUUUUUUCUUCGAAAACGAGGUUCCUCCGCAUCAAAAUGAUGCACACAACCAUAUCCAUCACAACCAUUUCACCAUCUCCAACCUCUUCUUCCUCGAAGAAUCCCUGACACCAGGAACCACAAUCAACCUCUACAUCCUGCCAUCCACCAGCACCGGCGCCGCCUUGCUCCCCCGCGCCGUCGCCGACUCCAUCGCCAUGACCACAACCAGCUACCCCACCAUCCUGGACACAUUCUCUCCGGUGACCAGAUCCAUGGCGGAGGACAUCUGGACUGUUCUCGACGUGUGCGAGCAGUCCGCCAUGGGAGGCGAAGACAUGAAGAACCAGUCCUGCGCCACCUCGGUGGAGUCCAUGGCGGAGUUCGCGGCCUCCGUGCUCACCGGCGGCGACACGCACGGCCUCCGGGCUUUCUCUUCUCCUGACGUGCCGGCGAAGGGCGCCAUGGACGGGCCGAGGUAUAAGGUGACUGCGGCGAGGCGGGCGACGGAGUCGAUGGAGACGAUGACUUGCCAUGAUCUGAGCUUCCCUUUUCCGGUGUUUUUGUGCCACUCGGUGAACCCGACCAAGGUGUUCGAGGUGACGCUGGAGAGGGAAGAAGCUGAUCAGCUGGCCGGAGCUGGAGACGAUGGCGCGGAGAGGAUGGAGGUGCUCGCCAUUUGCCACCUGGACACGUCGGCGUUCGAGCCGGAGAAGAUGCCGGGGGGGAUCAAGCCGGGGGAAGCCACGGUGUGCCACUUCAUCGGCAAGGACACCAUCCUCUGGGCAACUGCUGCUUAAUUAGCUAGCAGAAGAUGCAUGUUAAUUACAUCUAUAUAUGCGUGCUGUGUUAAUUUGUGUAUACAGUAUAAGUACGUAUGUAUCUAGCUACUCACUCCGUUCCUAAAUACUUGUCGUGGUUUUAGUGCAAACAUUUAGGAACAGAGAAUACUUUGUUGUGUGAUCCCACAUAUACGGUGUACUGUGACGAUGCAUGAUAUGGUACGGUAUCUAUGUAUACAAAGGUGCCAUUGCUAUGUAAAACAAAAUGAAUAAAAUCCCAUGCGCGUCAUAUAUGUGCUUUUUUA